AGAUCAAAAUGAGCUGGCUAAAGAACUUUGAGGACAAUGGUUAUUCUGUAGUGGAAGAUGUUCUUACAGCAGAUGAACUGAACGAGAUGAAAAACGAAAUCGACAGGAUUAUUGAUGAAAUUGAUUUCAAUCAGCACCCUAAAAGCGUAUUUUCAACUUAUGACGAGGACAAGCACGCUGCUGACGACUAUUUUUUGAACAGCUCCGAUAAGAUAAGAGUAUUUUUUGAAGAAGGCGCCUUCAACAAAGAUGGAGAACUUGUUGUGGACAAACAUAGAGCAUUGAACAAAAUUGGACAUGGACUCCAUGUGAAAAACGAAGUUUUUAAACGAAUGUCAUUUCAUCCCAAAAUCAAACAGCUGUUUAAGGAAAUAAAAUAUGAAGAACCUAAGAUUGUUCAAAGUAUGUAUAUAUUCAAGCAACCCAAAAUAGGCGGAGCUGUCACCGACCACAUCGAUGCUACAUUUCUAUAUGUGGAACCAUCUCAGAAUCUUAUUGGCAUUUGGAUUGCCGUCGAUGACGCUACUGAAGAAAAUGGUUGCUUAGCUUUUAUACCAGGAAGUCAUAAAAGAACCUCCGUCGACUACCGUUUUGUGCGCACCCAUAAAACUGAUGGUAGCGCCUUGUUGAAAUUUAACGGAACCCGUCCCACUUAUGAUGAAAACAAAUUUGUCAAUGUUCCAAUCAGAAAAGGGUCACUUCUGCUCAUCCAUGGCCUUGUUGUCCAUAAAAGUGCACCGAACACGUCCUUGAAAAGCCGGCAUGCCUACACUUUACAUGUGAUGGAAGGCAAAAAUACGAAGUGGAGUGAAGAUAACUGGCUACAAGAAACGGAAACCUACAAAUUUCCAAGGCUGUACUGAAAGAUUGCUUAUUCGCUGUUUCAUCGUUCCAAAUGUGCAUGUAUCCUACGAUAUUGGAACUGAUAUAAGAC